AUGAAUGUUUAAGAAAAUGGUAAAUAAUGUGCUUUAAUUGAAGAGGAAGGAGAGGAUCAAUUUUGUUCAGUGAUAGGAUGCAGGUAUCUAUUAAUAAAGUAUUCUUUGUGUAAUGGAGCUUAAAUUGGCGAUGAUGUCUGUGUUCCUUUAUCAGAUUCAAGCUGUGUUAGUUGUUAAGAGAUUGUGGAUCCUUGUAUUUGUUUGUAAUUCGAAAAUUAUUGUGAAUAUGAUAAAUUUGAUAAUGCUUGUAAGUCUAAAUAGUGUGGAAGUUUCAAUCAAGAAACUUGUCCUGAUUCCAGAUGUUAGUUUGAUGAUAAGAACCAGGUAUUUAUCAACUUAUAAAGUAGAUAUGCAUCCCACUUUGUGAAAAUAAUUAUAACCGUUAGCAAUGUAACCAUUUUUAAUCACAUUGUACUUGGGAUAUGGAUUCUAAAUUAUGUAAAUAAUAAGAUAAAUUCUACAAUUAUACGGAACCUUCCACAACUAUUAUAGUUAUUAAUGUCAACGGAUUAAUUUUAAGAAUAAUAUUAUUUACUGUAAUUCUUUAAUUUUGA